UGACGGAUGAAGUACUUGGCUGUAAGCGGCGGGACUGUGAGUGGCCUUGGCAAGGGCAUCACAAUCAGCAGCAUUGGUGUGGUGCUCAAAGCAUGCGGCCUGCGCGUUACUUCGAUCAAGAUCGAUCCGUAUCUGAACUGCGACGCCGGUACCAUGAGCCCUUUCGAACACGGCGAAGUCUUUGUCUUGGACGACGGUGGCGAAGGCGACUUGGAUUUGGGCAACUAUGAGCGCUUCUUGGGCAUCACUCUCACCAAGGACCACAACAUCACAACCGGCAAGGUGUACCAACAAGUCAUUCGUCGCGAACGUCGUGGCGAUUACCUCGGGAAAACCGUUCAAGUUGUGCCCCAUGUAACCGACGCUAUCCAAGCGUGGAUCGAACGUGUGGCCCAAAUUCCCGUGGAUGGUGACUCGACCCCUGCAGACAUUUGUUUGAUUGAGGUCGGUGGUACCGUUGGCGACAUUGAAAGCAUGGUGUUUCUCGAAGCGUUGCGCCAAUUUCAAUUCAAAGUAGGAGUUGACAACUUUUGCUUGGUCCAUGUAUCGUUGGUGCCCGUGAUGGGCUCCGUGGGUGAACAAAAGACCAAGCCCACCCAGCACGCCAUCAAGGAGCUUCGAAGCGCCGGCCUAACCCCUGAUGUGAUUAUCUGCCGCGCCUCGAACCAAUUGGAGCCUGCCACGCGCGCUAAGAUUGGCAUGUUCUGCCAAGUGAGCCAAAACCACGUCCUCAGUGUGCACGAUGUGAGCAACAUCUACCACGUUCCAUUGUUGUUGGCCCGCCAAGGUGCUGCAUCAAUUUUGUUGUCCAAGCUGCGCUUGAUGGAUAAGUAUGUGGAACCCAAUCUUGACGAGUGGUCCGGCAUGGCCCACCGCGUGGACAACUUUACCAAAACGACUAAGAUUGCGCUCGUUGGCAAGUAUACCGGUCUGCAAGACUCAUACCUGAGCGUGAUCAAGGCUUUGAAGCAUGCCGCGAUGAAAGUGGACCAUGACUUGGUGAUUGAAUGGAUCGAAUCGGUGGACCUCGACCUCGUCACUCGAACUGCUGAGCCAGAAAAAUACGCGGAAGCCUGGGCCAAGCUGAAGGGCUGCGCUGGGAUUGUUGUGCCUGGUGGCUUUGGCGACCGGGGCGUAGACGGCAAGGUGCUGUGCGCUCAGUACGCUCGCGAAAACAAAGUGCCGUAUUUGGGUAUUUGCUUGGGCUUCCAAGUUGCCACCAUCGAAUACGCGCGCAACGUGUUGGGGUGGAAGAACGCCAACAGUGGCGAAUUCGACGAAUUUACCGAGAAGAAGGUCGUUGUAUUCAUGCCCGAGAUUAACCCGAACGAGAUGGGCGGCACCAUGCGUUGCGGAGCGCGGUCAACUGUGCUCGAGCCAACUCGCGACUCGAAGCGAUCCCUUGCGUCGUAUUUGUACCAAAACAAGCCCGAAAUCCUCGAACGCCAUCGCCACCGUUACGAAAUCAACCCGGAUUUUGUUGCCGAUAUCGAAGGCGCGGGGCUGCAUUUUGUCGGUCGGGGUGACAAGGGGCUGCGAAUGCAAAUUGCCGAACUGCCCCGGGACGUCCAUCCAUUCUACUUUGGCACGCAGUACCACCCCGAAUUCAAGACGCACCCGAACGACCCAAGCCCUCCGUUCUAUGGCCUCCUCCUUGCCGCCACUGGUGGCUUGCAGGCGUACAUGGAUGCCAGCGACAAGGCCCUCCAAUUGUAAAAGACGCCGGCCCCGCUAGCGUUUAUAAAUUCAAUCUGCGUUCCCACUUGGCCUGUGGAGUAGUGCAGCCCCUAUCUAAAUUGUAAAUAUAGAGUUCCAUGUAGAGUGAA